UCUCAUUCAUUUGAUUAUUUCUCAGCAUCCUCCUCCAACCAUACGCCCACCAUUAUAAACAUAAAAACCGCCUUACCUGUUUUGGUAUAAUCAUUAUUCUAACAAAUAUGAAGCUAUUUCAACUUUACCAUUUACUCAUCUUCCUUGUAUUAUCUGCAACAUCAACUGCAAUGGCAAAGUACGCCAUGACAGGGUGCAAUGAUACAUGCGGGAACGUGAGGAUUCCAUACCCUUUUGGAAUCGGUGCCAACUGUUCUGUCAACCGAUGGUACACCGUUGAUUGCAACUCCUCGACGCCAUAUCUACCUGCACUCAACCACCUAGAACUCUUGGGUGUCAACUUGGCAGAUCAAAUAGCCAUUGUUAAUGUGCCAAAGAUCUCUGACUGCCAGAGCCGAGCCAGGAACAGCAGUGAGACGGUAAGCAUCGAUCUUGGUAGGAGCCCCUUCCUGUUUUCCAAAUCACGCAAUAAAUUUGUUUUUGAAGGGUGUGGUAACGCGGUUAUGAUGGAUAAUGGGAGUGUGCUCACCGGGUGUUCCACUACUUGUCGAAAUGACACUCUUAUCGAUACAAACAAUUGUUUUGGCACCAAUUGUUGCCAAACCACAAUUCCUCAUUAUGUAAAGUCAUUCAGCAUUAACUUGGAAAGGCGCGGAGAAGAUGGAAUGUGUGGGUCUGCCUUCUUGGUGGAUGAAAAUUCGUAUGCUAAUCGAAGCUUCUUUAAUCGAUCUAUCGCUAGAGAAGAAGCUUUUGUUCCGGUAUCACUUCUUUGGACCCUAGAAGAAGCUGACGUCAAUCGCAUAACUUGCUGUGAUAGCCUGGAACUGCAACUAUUUUGGGUUAGUCGCAGCGUGGAUCGCGGUAAUAAUAUGUCAAUGGAUAUUCAGAAAUGUUUCGCGUUUACCUAUGUAGAUGGAACUCCUUAUCUACCAGAUGGAUGCGAAUUUACAGAAGAGUGUACAAGGUGCAGGAACAUGGGUGGUUUCUGUGAUGAUGGUGCAGUUUAUGAUGUUGAUGGGUUAGUUACCAAAUGGAACUUUACUUGUGCCUUUAGCACACCUGAUCCUGAGAGUGUUACAGAAUUAAUCAAAUCAAGCAAAUCAUCCUUGGGUGUUAUUCUAGGUGUUAGUAUAAGCAUGGGUGCAGUUUUUCUUGUGGUAGGAAGCUAUGUAUUGUACCAAGUGAUCAAGAAAACAAAAGACAGGAGAAGAAGACAAAGGUUUUUCAAGAGAAAUGGUGGUUUACUUCUAAAACAACAGGAAGAAGCUCACCCAUCUUUAGUUGAUAAAACCAUACUUUUCACGUCACAUGAGUUGGAGAAAGCCACCGACCACUUUAAUGAGAAUAGAGUUUUGGGCAGAGGAGGUCAAGGUACAGUCUACAAAGGUAUGUUAGUUGAUGGAAGGAUUGUGGCAGUCAAGAAGUCAAAGAUAGUUGAUGAAAGUCAGUUACAACAGUUCAUCAAUGAGGUGGUCAUUCUUUCUCAAGUAAAUCAUAGAAAUGUCGUCAAAUUAUUAGGAUGUUGUUUGGAGACGGACGUCCCUCUCCUGGUUUCUGAAUUCAUUCCAAAUGGUACCUUAUCGGAUUGUCUUCAAAACGAGAGUGACGAUUUUCCAAUUUCUUUAAAUAUGAGAUUGCAAAUCGCUACAGAGGUCGCAGGAGCACUUGCUUACUUGCAUUCAGCAACUUCCAUUCCAAUAUACCAUAGAGACAUCAAAACAAGUAAUAUACUUUUGGAUGAUAAAUAUCGGGCGAAGAUUUCUGACUUUGGAACUUCAAGGUUCGUAUCAGUAGACCAAACUCACUUGACUACGUUAGUCAAAGGUACAUUUGGCUAUCUAGAUCCCGAGUACUUCCAAUCGAGCCAGUUUACAGAAAAGAGUGAUGUCUAUAGUUUUGGAGUUGUUCUGGUUGAACUCUUGACGGGAGAAAGACCAAUUUCCAUGACUAGAUUUGGUGAACAUAGAAGUUUGGCUACACACUUUAUGUUGGCUAUGGAAGAAGAUCGCGUUAUGUCUAUUUUUGAUGCAAAGGUGGUAAAGGAAGGUGCUACGGAUGACCUCUUGGCAGUAGCUAACCUUGCAAUGAGAUGUUUAAAUUUAAAUGGGAAAAGUAGGCCAACAAUGAAAGAAGUAGCUGCGGAGUUAGAAGCCAUCAGAAUGUCACAUGUUCCCUCCACUCUUCAAACUAAAUAUGAACACAUGAUGUAUGAGGAGGAUUUUUCAGCGAUAAACUAUGGCGAUUCAACGUCAACAUUAAAGAGUUGUGAUGAUAAUAUCGGCAUGUGAUCCAAUAAAAAGUAUAUUAUCAUUCGGACUAUGAAUAAUACGAAAUUUAUACCGAUUGAAUUUGCAUACUUGAUGAAAAGUAAUGUUUAUAGAUUAAGAUGACAAUUCGAUUUAUCAUGUACUUUCCAAGUUACACCUUUAACUUAAUCUUUUGGAUAAAUCUUUCAUACAUCUAUCGUUUAUAU